AUGGUACAAUCACCAUUUUAUGUUCAUUAUGUUCAUCGGCAUCCUCAUCAUCCUUCACUAUCAUCUGUAUCUACAAUGAUGGAUACAAACUUUUUAGAAUCCCUUCUUGAACGUUCACGUGCUCAACGUGAUACAUACGAUGAACGACAAAAACUUGUAUCAACUUAUAAAAUCAUAUCGAAAACUCAAUGUUUAUUACAAAUGCGUCCUAUGGACGGUUAUGUUAAUGCUAAACAUGUGACGAAUCUUGAUGAUACACAAGAAACAAAAGAUGGUAUCUUUGUAUUUCUUCCAAUUGCUGUCAAUCUUUUUUUAAUACAACAUAAAGAAAGUAAACGUUAUUUAUGUGGUAAAGAUAAUCAAUUAUUUGGUCUAACGGAACGAAACGAACGUCAAUGUGUAUUUGAAACAAAACGUUCUGAUAUUGAUUUUGGUCGUUGGGAUUCCUAUCGACUUUUCUAUGAAGAAGCAAAUCGCGGUUAUUUAUCUAUUUCACAUAUGUGCCAUACAAGAUUACGUCGUAAAUUUGAUAAUGAUAAUUUUCUAAAUUUUCUUGCUUUUGUUCGUAUUAAUACUGAUAUAUCUUCGGAUACAGCUGCUGCACGUCGUAUAGUUGAUCAACAAAAUGAUUCUCAUAGACAAAAAGUGAAAAAUACUAAUCCAAUAAAUAAUAAGUCACCAAAAUUGAUAAGUGAUUAUCGACAACGUUUUCGAUUUUCUCUAACAACAACAACAACAACAACAACAACAACUACUACUACUACUACUACUACAUUUAGGCCAAUACGAAGAUUAACUUUUUCUCCUACAUUAGCACCAUUAAAAUCUUUUAUUGUUAAUGUUCUCAGUUCAACACAUAGCUUAAAUUUACCAUUAACGACACGACGAUGGCGUUCAAGACGAACUCGUCACUCCUAA